UCCACCCCCUCCACCGCAGCUUGCGUUAGGGGGCUUCACUAACUGUGCGCGGCCGGAAAGCUCUGCGUUUCAGCUGUUUGGUCCUGCCAUCCUCCUGCUCUGACAUCAUGGGAGUGACUUGUGUGUCCCAGAUGCCUGUGGCCGAGGGCAAGAGUGUCCAGCAGACCGUGGAGCUCCUCACCCGGAAAUUGGAGAUGCUUGGGGCAGAGAAGCAAGGAACAUUUUGUGUAGACUGUGAGACCUAUCACACGGCUGCUUCUACCCUUGGCAGCCAAGGUCAGACCGGGAAGCUGAUGUAUGUGAUGCACAAUUCGGAACACCCUUUAAGCUGCUUUGCCCUCUUUGAGAACGGCCCUUGCCUUAUCGCCGACACCAACUUCGACGUGCUCAUGGUGAAGCUCAAGGGCUUCUUCCAGAACGCCAAGGCCAGCAAGAUCGAGACCCGGGGCACCCGCUACCAGUACUGUGACUUCCUAGUGAAGGUGGGCACGGUCACAAUGGGGCCCAGUGCCCGAGGCAUCUCUGUGGAGGUGGAAUAUGGCCCGUGUGUGGUAGCUAGUGACUGCUGGAGCCUGCUGCUCGAAUUCCUACAGAGUUUUCUAGGCGGCCACACGCCAGGGGCUCCCGCAGUGUUUGGCAACAGACACGACACAGUCUACGGCCCCGCAGAUACCAUGGUCCAGUACAUGGAACUCUUCAACAAGAUUCGCAAGCAGCAGCAGGUGCCGGUGGCUGGGAUUCGUUAGUGACUGGCAGCUGCAUGGUUGAGCUCCGUCACUAAGGGACUCACAGGAGGAGCAGGUGCUACACCCUCAGGGCCCUGGGUCUCAGAAACCCAGGCUUCUCUCCUCCAGUUCCCAGCUGUGGCUUGUGUUCUGGGGCUCCAGACCCCCCUUCCCUGACCCUCACACACAGUCCCCUGACAGCUGUUUCACUCCCUGCCUUACUGGACUUGGCCUGUCCUCCAGGUCGGUAAUUAUGAAGAGUGGAGAAGCUUGGAGCUCUCUUGCUGUAGGGGCAGAGGUAGGACAGGGGUGUCCCUGCCUGGCCUUGGUGGAAAAGUCGUCUGAAUCUCCAAUUAUUGUGGAUUUGGCCUAGGCCAGAGGGCAGGCUCAUUUUGUGUUUGGGCUGUGCUGCAAUAAAGGACUCUUGCUCUGCUCAG